CCUCUAUGUAUAGAAAUGAAGUCUCUGGGAGCCGCCCUUCAGCGGGAGCAACUGCGCAUGCCUGGGCGUUCUUUUGCCCGGGUCCUCGUGCAGCAGGAGUUGCUGUUGGGCGCGAGACAGCGAAGCGGAUUGCAGGUAAAGCGCGGGAACCGGUCGCAGCCGGGUGCAUGGGAGGAAGGCGCCCUGGGUGGGUUUGUGUCCCCAAGCAGAGGCUCUUCGGGGGGGAGGGAAACAUCCGUUUUAAAAACCUUUUAUCGAAAUAUGCAGAGCAACACUUCUGUGCCCCUGUCUGACCCGAGCCCCUUUCCUCUGCAAGCCAGCAAAUUUGAUGCCUGCACGGCUCUUCCCAGACACUUUGCUCCAGCAGCCCAGCGGCUGCUUGUAAGGAAAGAAAGGCCUUUUGCACGUAGGCAUUUUGGGAAUAGUCGCAGGCGUGGGAAUGCACUGUAAGGAGGCGGGGUGGGGCUGCUAAGGUUCAAAGUAGCUUGCAAAGUUACUGUUCUCUAGGACCCUCUCCUUCCCCCACCCCCUCUUCUGCGUGGGCUGCGUGCAAACCCAAGAGGAAAGACGCUCAGUGCAUGCCUAAAGGCGUUUUCUUUACUAAUUAUUGCAUGGGUUGGUUUCUAUGCCAUUAGUUCCAACGGGAUAAAAAUGUUUUGUGGACACACGCACCUCAUAUGCAAGUGUGUCUCUUGCUACAUACACCACUUAGAGACUACUGUGAUUCAGCAGCAUACAAAUUGUUGAAAUAAAUGAUAAAAUACAGUUUUUUAAAAAAUUAACUUGGUGGUAUCUGAAUGUAUUAAAAAAAAUAAAAAAUCAAAAACUUUCCCAUCUUUGCCAACUCAAUCUUUUGCCUCCUUUAACACAGAUAUUGUGGAGUUGGAGAGCCUGGUGGCCUGCUUAUUCUUGUUUUCUGCAUGCAGGGGAGUUAAACAUGAUUUCCUAGCAACCUGAGCUUCAUAUUGGGGUGAGUUGUCUUUGGAGGUAGAGCGACGUUUACACUGAACUCCUUGACAUGUUUACUCAGGAAUAAGUCCCAUUGAGCUCUUUGGGACUUACUCUCAAGUUGUCUUUGCAGGAUGGGCGUCUAACCUAUUUGGGGACUGAGAGGCUAUCAUCCUAUUUCUGGUCAAUGUGAGGACUGGCAGGUCAAAGAUUUGUUUCCCCAUUAAGAUGACAGGCUCCUGUCCAGUACUUCUUUACCCUUUUUACACCAGUGUGAUGUAGUAAAGAGUGGUGGACUCGUAAUCUGGUGAACGAGGUUCACUUCCCCGCUCCUCCACAUGCAGCUGUUGGGUGACCUUGGGCUUCUUUGAAGUCUCUCAGCCCCACUCACCUCAGAGUGUUUGUUGUGGGGGAGGAAGGGAAAGGAGAUUGUUAGCCGCUUUGAGACUCCUUCAGGUAGUGAUAAAGCGGGAUCUCAAAUCCAAACUCUUCUUCUUAUCCUCCCACCGCCGAAACUAUUCUCCUACCAUCUUCAGCAUGAGGUGGGCAGAAGAAUUUGCUUAAUGGGCCUGAAUCAGACCCCAAACUGGGGGUUAGCAACCUCUGUCUCAUGGUCUCUGCCCUUCAGAGAACAGAGGCCAGAGAAUUGGGAUUCCUGCUCAUAAAAUUACUUGCUCUAGCAAAUAAGGGGAGGUCCCUAAACUUGGCUUCUUGUUUCAUCCUUUGCAGUUUCUACAUACCUGCAACCAUUGCUGGCAUCACACAGGCAGACCUCAUGGCUGACGACAGAGUGACUAGCCGCUCGCCAGAGAGAAGGCCAGUUCUGGUGUCAUCUACUUCAUCCUCCAAUGAGCCCACCUCUUCGGGGCUCUCCGGCAGCCUCCAGCCUUUCUUCCUGGGCCGCACUUGCGCACCAAGCAGCCUCCUUUCCCUCACGGUGCCCGUACGCUUGGACAUCCUCUAUGUCCUCAUUAACGCUGCCAGAGGGGCACAGUGCCUCCCUCCUCCAGCACCCAUUCAUGAUGGCACUCAGGCCUCGUUCUCCACAUGUCACGAGCCACCUGCUCAGUGCACCGUGAGCUGCUGCCGCCGGUCGGCUUGCUGUUGUGUGCCAGGCUGCGCCAGCGGGCAGCAACAGCCUAGCGGAGCGGCUCCUGGAGGAUACGGCGGCCACAGAGGGCCAAACGGCGGAGUCCUAGAGCAACAAAACUACGGGCGCCAUUGGAACAGCGCUGCCGAAAGAAAUGGUGGGAGCAGCAGGUCUGACCACAGCCAGCCACACGCAGCAGGGGGUUGGAAGAGAGCCCAGGCCCACACAGGCUGGAGGGGGAACCAAAGAGGAGGGGGAGAAGGAGAGCAUGGGAAUGGGGGUCGUUGGCAAGACAAGCGGCAGGAUUUUGACAGGGCUUGGGGCAGCCGGAGGCAAGGCGCUGUCGAAUCAAGCUCUUGGAACUCAGGGCCACAAGGGGGGAGGAGAGGAGGGUCUUCUUUUGGGUCCAGCACUAGCAGCAUGAAAAGGAACCAGGAAGGGAGCCGUUGGCAGAAUGCGCAGGAUGCCCCAGAAGCGAAAAGAUGUAUGUUUGGCGCCCGUGAGUGGCAGAAAACCCAAGGCACUGGGGAUUCUGCUACUUUUGUAGGCAAGGCUGUGGAUGCUGGACCGGCCAAGUCCACAGCUCUGGAGGAUGGGGAAGACUGGGAGGCCGAGUAUGAGAGUGAGCCAGCAGUCCCUGCUGCUACAGAGGGUGCUCCGGAUGCUUCCCACCAGGAUGACAAAGCCGACUCUUGCAAAGUAAGCGAUGAUGCGGAAGGUGAAUGUGUUACAUCUGCCCACCCACCCAAACCAGAGCUCUCUGUUUCUCCCCUUCCAAGGUCUGAUGUGAUGAACCAGGGAACAUCAGAUGCCAGGGGGAAGGAAUGUGCUGCGGAUUGGAGCAGCAAGGAAGACAGGUUUGCUACCUACUUGAAGAACCUUUAUUCUGAUGUGCCGGAGAAGUCCAGCUCCGAAGGCGACGCAGAUCUCGCCGUGGGCACAGCUGUUGAUCCCCUGACACUGGAUGAGGAGGAGCAGUCCCGAGAGAAUGUAGCUGGCUUUCCUUGAGGGAGCUGAGCAAAGCACACAGUAAUCUGGGGAAAGGGGGCAGAGGAAGAAGUUGAGUGCCAGAAAUCCUGAUUGACAGCAUGGUGGCCACCAGUGGCCUUAAUUCAGGUGGUAUUGCAAACUGGGAAUUCCACACCCAUCAUGGGUGUUGUACUCAAACUUCUACUCAAAAGUGGACACACUGGAAUUAAUGAGUCUAAGGUGGCCACGUCUAUUAAUUUCGGUGAGUCCCCUGUUGGGUAUGACUUGGAGUGCUGAGAGGAGCACAGGCAAUCUGUUCCCAAGAUCCAUUAUUGCCCACUUUAAGUUCAAGGGCAGCUGCGAAGUAGCAAGAACCCUGGGAAAUCGGACUUUCGUAUUUGUGCAGGGACCCUAUUGGAGUGAGCCCCACUUCACACAGUAGCCCCCUGAAACUCCCCGAGAACUGUUGGAGGUGGGCAGACCCUAGUGAGCUUGUCCUCCUGCCCCAUUUGUGGAAUUUACAGGGCAAAUGUGUCCAGCCAUUAACAGCUUGGGCAGGUCUGCACCACUGCAUCUGAAGUACACCCAGUGCACAUUUAAAGCAUAUGACGCCCCCAUCCAAAGAAUCAUGGGAAUAGCAGUUUUUCCUUCACGGAGCUAUAGUCUGCACCGUCUUUAAACUACAGUUCCCAUGAUUCUUUGGGGGGAAACUCAUUGCCUAAAACAGUGUUGGCCAAACUUGGGUCUCCAGCUACUUUUGGACUACAACUCCCAUCAUCUCUUGCUUGGGGUCAGGGAUGAUGGGAGUUGUAGUCCAAAAACAGCUGGAGACCCAAGUUUGCAAAACACUGACCUAAAACUUGAGUUGGGUGUGCAUCAAAUAUAUAUGAUGAGGAUCUGCCCAUUGCGUGGGUGUGACUUGCAGCAGAGGUACCAUUUUGCAUUGCAAUUCCCCUUGCAGUUGUAACAUGAACUGCAACUCUGACAUUGUAGUCAGAUUCUGUUAGGAAAAGCCCAGCAAUGCAGCUAAUGGACAGCAUAAUUUGCAUCCCAUUGAAGACUAAAUAACUGCAAUGGGAGCCUCAGCGGUCCAGGGCGGAAUUUUGCCACAACUUUACAUUUUUGACUGGGUUGCAGCUGUUCAGUUCAUCUUAACUACAAAGCGUUAAGGUUUUGGUUCUGUUUGCAUUUAACGUAAGAGCAAGCUACAAAGAAAGAAGAAAGCAAAGGGAACUUUGCUGAUUUAGUAACUGUUAUAUAGAAGGGAAUCUGCUGUUUUGCAGACAAUCAGCAUUGCAAAGUUUUGAUUUAGAAAUCAAGAAUGGGGAAAAAAAUCAGAGGGCGAGUCUAUAUGCAGAUAAAUCUCAUAAUUCUGAGACUGUGCCGUUCCAGACUCCAGAUAGGGGGAUCCUACGCGUGAAUAACUUCCCUUUGUAAAAACUAAAACCCUUCCUGUUGGAAAACAAGUCCUGCAUAUUAAAUAGAAGAGUCUAACCCAGUCUUCUCUCUAACAUACCAGUUUUUAAGAGGUAGGGAGGUUUAUGUAAUGCAAAAGAAGCAUUCAAACAUGCAGUUCCUCACCUGCCUUUUCAGUUAGCAUCAUCCCAAGAAUUCGCCCGAUUUCUCUGCAGAAGUGUAUCUGCUCUAAGAUGGUGAAGGUAACUUAGUACCAUGGCUAGGUGCAUUAAACUAGCAGUCUAAAAACACUUAAGGGUUAUGUUGGGGUUUUCUAGGAAGGUUUUGUUUUGAAAAAUCAGUAUAUAUCUUGUAUAGUGAACCUGGGUUACUUUGGAAAGCCUGAGAUAAAUGCCUCUGGUGAGUUUGUGAUUUAGAUCACAUCAUUGCUUCCAAAUAGUUCAAUUUCUGUUGGUUCAGCCUUCUCACCCUUUCAAGCUGCAUAGAUUACUAUGUCUGUUUGUUUCAGUUGCAUGAGGUUUUUCCUGAAUUUGUUGGAAUAAAGAGGAAGUUAACACACUUUAGAGCAGCAUGUCUGGUUUUUUCUUUUUCUUUCAAUAAAGCAGAUGUCAAUCU